AUGUCGCCUCUACCACCUAAGCCGCUUCCUUCCUUCAAAAGGAACAGCGCUGCAUCGACCGGCAAAGCGCCUCAAGUACACAACGGGAUUGUUUCGCCCAAUGGACGUUAUCACCCUUACAGUCAUGACCCCAGACGCACUUGUCGUCUAACAGCAAGCAACCUACUCAUUGCAAGGCCCGACGACCCUCGCUCAGACCUACAGAAACUUCGCUCUAAGGUCAGCUUGUGGACCGAAGCAAUUCCCAGAGACGCAUCUGACCCAUCCAUCCCCAUUUACAAACCUUACUGGUGGUCUAACGACGAUGCCACUGCCGUACUCGCUUUCGCCUUCUCCCAGGACUAUCACCCUUGUGGGAUUCAUGAAAAUCCCAAAGGAACACUUCCCGAGAACAUUGCGCUGACUGUAUGCGCUACUAUUCAGCGUUACAAAGUCUUGCAGCAGCCCCAUAUCGCUGCCAAAUUCACGGAAGCACAGAUUCAGUGUCGCGAUCACAUUCUGCGACAUCUAGGAGCACUAAACGAGAGGAUUGGACGAGGCGAUGACUUCACGUUCGUCGAUAGACGCAUCGCCAUCAAGCUUUGCGUGGGACUAGGAAAGAUUUCGUUCAGAGGAAUCAAUAAGGAGCAGGAACGCAUAGGGAGAGACAUUUAUAACCUUGGAGGCGUUGCGUUCCCAGGAGGACAUACUGCAAGUGAACCUUCUGACCCAUGGAGGAGUAACACCCCCUCCACAUCAUCUAAAGCAGGACCAGCUGCCCCUGCGGAAGAACUCCACAACAGCAGCACACCCAAGGCGUUGGGAGUAGUCAGAAAUCUGUCGCCCACCACCCUGCCAGAAUUCACCACAUCUCAGACUUGGGAAUGGCAGGGGAUCCCUUACGCAACAAUCGAGGAGGCUGCAGAUGCCGCCGCACCUGACACCAUUCUAAGAGACGUAAAGGAAUGGACAAUGAAUGUGGUGCGAGCAUUCAUCAUGUGA